AUGCCUGGAAUAUCCGCAUUGCUUUUCAUAUGGGACAUAGUGGUAAUGUUGUGCUGUAAUUUGUUGUUCAUUCUAAGAAUAAGGAGGAGACGUCUGAACGAGCCACCCUUGGAGAAUGGGAUGCUGCCGUAUCUUGGCUGUGCUUUGCAGUUUGGUUCCAAUCCUCUCAAAUUCCUCAGAGCAAGGCAAAAGAAACAUGGCCCCAUUUUCACUUGCAGAUUGGCAGGAAAAUAUGUUCAUUUCCUCACAGAUCCUUUUUCCUAUCACUCUGUGAUGCAACAAGGAAAACAUCUGGACUGGAAAAAGUUCCACUUCACAACCUCAGCAAAGGCUUUUGGACAUGGAAGUAUUGACCCAAAGGAUGGGAACACCACUGAAAAUAUGCAUCAGACCUUCACGAAAACCUUGCAGGGCAAAGCACUGAACUUUCUCAAUGAAGCAAUGAUGGAAAACCUUUCCUAUGUCAUGCUGGAAUCGACUGCAUCAGAAAUGAAGUCCAGUGAUUGGGUAACAGGCAAGCUUUAUGAAUUUUGUUGCCGUGUGAUGUUUGAAUCUGGUUUUUUAACACUUUUUGGUACAGAGAUUAACGCAAACAGUGACAAGAUUCAUUCUAACCAAGAAGAUCAAAAAACACUUAUUCUAAACUCUCUGGAGAAUUUUAAAAAAUUUGACCAAAUAUUUCCAGCUCUUGUGGCAGGCCUACCUAUCUGCAUAUUCAAAGGCGCCCACAAUGCACGUGAGAAGUUGGCUGAAUCUCUACUCCAUGAGAAUCUUCAGAAAAGAGAGAACAUUUCUGAACUCAUUUCUCUCCGCAUGUUCCUGAAUGACACUCUCUCCACUUUUGAUGAUAAGGAAAAAGCAAAGACCCACCUUGCGGUUCUAUGGGCUUCACAAGCAAACACAAUACCUGCAACAUUUUGGAGCUCAUUCUACCUUAUUAAGAAUCCAGAAGCAAAGAAAGCAGCUAUGGAAGAGGUACAACGGGUGCUGGAAAAUGCUGGUGAAAAGAUGGACUUAAGUAGGAAGCUUGUUUCCUUGAAUCGAAAACAGCUGGAUAACAUGCCUGUAUUAGAUAGUAUUAUCAAAGAAGCAAUAAGACUCUCCAGCGCAUCCAUGACAGUCAGAGCUGCUAAGGAAGAUUUCUGUUUGCAGCUAAGCACUGGCUCUUACAAUAUCCGUAAAGAUGACAUCAUAGCCCUUUAUCCUCAGCUGUUACAUUUUGAUCCAGAAAUUUAUUCUGAUCCCUUGACGUUCAAGUAUGACCGUUAUCUUAAUGAAAAUGGAGAAGAAAAGACCAUUUUCUAUCGCAAUGGACAGAAGUUAAAAUAUUACUAUAUGCCAUUUGGAACGGGACUUGCCAAAUGCCCUGGAAGAUUAUUUGCAGUUCAUGAAAUUAAACAAUUUUUGACUUUGUUACUUUCCUGCUUUGAGGUGGAGCUUGUGGACAAGAAUGUGAAAUGCCCUUCAUUAGACCAGUCACGCUCUGGACUUGGAAUUUUACAACCAGCAACCGAUGUUGAUUUCAAGUACAGAUUAAAACCUCUUUGA